GUCAUACGCCACCUUUUGCAGGAAGGAGGAAGUGUUCCAAGAUGGCGUCGCGCACUGAGGCCGGGGCCGAGGUGCUGGGUGUGUGGUAAAGUGGCGGAUUUAUACCGAGUAGCGGAGGCAGCUCAGCGGACUCUAAAUGGCUUCUAGGAAGUCGGCAUCAGAUUUACACGGGCCUUUCAGUUACCUUGAGGACGUCCCGUUCAAGAUUGGUGACAAGUUCAGAGUGCCGGAUAAAGUUGGCCUGCCUGUUGGCUUCUGCGUGCCGGACAUCAGCCAGCUCAUCGGGCAAAUCCAGUAUGACUUCUCCCUGGAGAAGAAGACCGUCCAGUGGGCAGAAGAAGUGAAACAGAUGAAAGCCGCGCAGAGGGAAGCCGAAAGGAGAGCAGCAGAGGCCCUAUCCCAAGCGAUUUCCGAUGAUCAGACGGAGAGAGAGGAUGAUGAAGGUAGAGGGUACCCUCCGCCCAUCAACCCUAUCCUCGCCAGCCUCCAGCACAACAACAUCCUGACCCCCACCCCCGCCAACAACAGUGCCAUACCCCAAAAAGUGCUGAGCCCCCCACACGGCAAGGCAGACUUUAACCCUGCCGACUUCGAGUGCGAGGAGGACCCCUUCGACAAGUUAGAAUUGAAAACCCUCAACGACAAAGAAGAGUUGAGGAACAUUCUUGACAUUCACGUGAGGCCUGUCACAAGCCCGGAAUCGGGCAAUGCCGACACGGUGCAGAACUCGCCGCCCCAGCUGAAGGACGAGGACGCGCUCGCCGCCCUGAAACAGGAAGCGUUAGACUUUAAGCAUCUCCGCAAACCCAAUGGAUUUAUCACUUUACCGCAGUUUGAAAACUGUGAACUGCCCCCGUCUUCCAAAGUGUCACUUGCCCCCAUGACCGGGGUCAGCAAUAUCAAAUCCCUGUCCUUCCCUAAACUAGACUCUGACGAGAGCAACCUGAAGGUGGCGCACACGAGCACUUACUGCCUGCCCAAUGGCACUUUCCUCGAAUCCUUAAAAUCCCACUCGCCCCCUAAUGGCGAUGAACUGAACGGACACCUAGUGUGGGGGGGAUCAUCCCUGCAUAUAGAGAGUGGGACCUUGAAGUGUGCAUCACCCCCUUCUACUGUGGGCCCAGUCAGUGGCACAGAAGGAAUUUCGAGGACCUGUAUGACUGGUGACACUAAGAUGUCUGCUCAUCAGGUCGCAGCGUCCAAAGUGCCCAAUAGUGUAACCAAUAUGAAGCGGCUCAGUGUCCCGGGCUAUGAGGAGCUUCUCCAGGCGCUAUCCAGCAGCGAACGGCAAUGUGCCGAGACCAUUGUCAGCAUGGGAUACUCCUAUGAACAUGUGAUGAGAGCCAUGCAGAAGCAAGGACAGAACGUGGAGCAGGUGCUGGAGUACUUGUUCAUCCAUUCACAGCUGUGUGAGAAAGGCUUUGAUCCAUUACUGGUCGAUGAGGCUCUAGAGAUGCAUCAGUGCUCUGAGGAGAAGACGAUGGCCUUUCUUCAGCUGAUGAGUAAAUUUAAGGAGAUGGGGUUCGAACAGAAAGAGAUAAAGGAAGUUUUGUUACUUUAUAACAACGAUCAGGACAAGGCACUGGAGGAGCUGAUGGCGCGCGCCGGCCCCAGCUGAACCCCCUCCUCCCACCUCCCUAUCACUAUAGGCUCUUAACCAACGUUCGGAUAGGAAGAUCCUACGACAAGCUUUCCGUUCACAGAGGAGCGCAGAGAGAGAGAGCGAGCGAGCGCGGCCAAACCCGCUGCGUCCUACCGCGUUACGUCUUCUACUCGUUUUUAUUUUCUUUCCCUUUGCACAAAAAAGGCCAGCUAAGGAUAUAUCGUAAGAAGUGCCCUUUCACCCCCAAACCUUUACCCCUCUCCCCCCCCCCCCCUCUUCCAACGAAUGAAGAGGUUGUUUUGCUGAACCUUUAAGUGCACGAUAGUGGAGGGGGGAAGUCGAAUUUUAGGGAUUUUUUUUUUCUCUUUUUGCAGUGUAAGUGGGAACGGAGAAGAUUUGAUGCGCGAAGCUGCUGAUGCUUAUACUGGAAUACGGACUGUUGUACCCGAUAUGGCGAAGAUUAGUGCAAUUAUUAUUUUAUUUUUAUUUGGAUAGAUAGUGCUACACUGGUGAUAAAAAUCCUCGCAGGAGCAUAGAGUUCAAUGCAGACUAAUGUGUUCGGUCUGUGUCAUCCACCAGCCGCUUGGUGGUGGUCGCAGUUUAGCACUGGUAAAAGCUGUGACCGCUUCUUGGAAUUGUUUUAUUAUGCUUUAAGUUAUUGAGUUUUCAAAGCUUUAUCUGUGCAUCGAAGGACAUUGUUCACACUCCCCUCUUUUACCUUUUUUUUAAGGGGUACUCCACUGCCCCAGCGUUGGGAACAGUGUAGUUCCGAGUGCUGGGUGCGGGGUCGUGACGUCAAGCCACGACCCCCCCC